AUGGCUCCCACAAUCGUCAGAAAUGCUUGUAUCUUCACGAGCACAAAGGACGCAGACGACGUUGUCGCCGGGUGUCUGGUUUUUCAGGAUGAUGGCUUGAUCCAAUAUGUGGGCCCAGAGGAGGGUUUGGAGAGCCACUGUCAGGCCAUCAUGCCUGCUUCUGGUAGUGGUGUCACAGAGAUUGACGUCGACAACCGCAUCGUGACCCCCGGCUUCAUCGACAGCCACGUCCACAUGUUGCAUUUCGGGCUGUCGCUAGGCAAGCUCGAUGUCAUGUCGUGCAAGACCCUCGAGCAGAUCCGGGACAAGAUUCGGAGGUUUGGACGCUCGCACCCGUCUGAGCCGCGGGUCCUGUGCAAGGGUUGGAUUCAGGCCUCGGCCGCCGGACAGGCUCUGGCGAGCAUGCUGGACGACCUUGAUCCUCGGCCGAUCUACGUUGAAGCCCUGGAUCUGCAUUCGAUAUGGCGCAGCACCGUGGCAUAG